CGCAGGGCCCCGCAGGGGCUUGGGAAUUUAGAGCGUGUGAGUGCAGCACUUUGUUCAUGCAGAGGGGUUUUAAAUCCCCCCCCUUUUUUCAUCACCUGCGGCAAAUCCGCAGCCUUCCGUCUGCAGGACCGGAGCUCAAGGGCGUGUGGAUCUGCCUGCUCUCGCCUGGGAGAAAGGUGACAGUCUGCUGCAGCAUGGACAUCCGCAACGACGUCUCCCAGCUGAGGAAGCUGGAGAACUGCACCAUCAUCGAGGGCAACCUGCAGAUCCUCCUCAUGUUCACCACCGCCGCCGAGGACUUCCGCGGCCUCAGUUUCCCCCGCCUCAUCAUGAUCACCGAGUACCUCCUCCUCUUCCGGGUCUACGGGCUGGAGAGCCUGCGUGACCUCUUUCCCAACCUGUCCGUCAUCCGGGGCACUAACCUCUUCUUCAACUAUGCCCUGGUCAUCUUCGAGAUGCCCCACCUCAGGGACAUCGGCUUGCACAGCCUGACCGAUAUCCUGCGGGGCUCGGUGCGCAUUGAACGCAACCAGGAGCUCUGCCACAUCUCCACCAUCGACUGGGGGCUGCUCCUGCUCGACUCGGUGGAGAACAACUAUAUCGUGAGCAACAAGCAGGUGGAGGAGUGUGCCGACGUGUGCCCGGGCAUCCUGGACGUGGAGAAGCCCUGCGUCCAGACCAGCGUCAAUGGGCAUCUAGAGUAUCGCUGCUGGACAUCCAGCUACUGCCAGAAAGUGUGUCCCUGUGGAGACGGAAUCGCCUGCACCGCGGCCGGGGAAUGCUGCCACCCGGAGUGCCUCGGAGGCUGCAGCCGGCCGUGGGACAGUAGGGCCUGCGUGGCCUGCCGCCACUUCCACUUCAACGGGCAUUGCCUGACCUCCUGCCCGGCCCGCACCUACCGGUACGAGGGCUGGCGCUGCGUGACGGCUGAGUACUGCGCCAGCCUCCGCAAGGUGUCCGAGAACCCCCGUGAGGCCUCUGAGUUCGUCAUCCACCAUGAGGGGUGCCUGUCCGAGUGCCCCUCGGGGUACACGCGCAAUGACAGCAGGUGA